AUGAGCUGCACGACUGGGAGUUCGGUUUGUCGGGAAGUCCGACAAGAGUCAAUCGGAGUCCCUAUGCGUUGCUGGUGCGGGAGGAAGGUGGAUUUGCUGGUGUCGAAGACCAAUGAGAACCCCUAUCGGAGGUUCUACCGUUGCCAGGGCGUGUUGCAGCGGAAGUAUGAGUCACACCUAUUCAAGUGGGUAGAGGUAGCUAUGCCGGAGGAGUUCGAGGAACAAAGAGUGGAAAUUGGGAAGGCUUUUUCUGAGUUGGAGAGGAUGGCAUGGGAGAUUAGUGGCUUGGGUCGCAGUCUGAAGUCUGAAAUGGGGAAACUAGAGGCUCAUGUUUGUCAAUUAGAGAAUGACGUCAAAGUGAGGGAAGCAGAGGCAUGUAGGAACACACAGAGGGGCGUGGUUGGAGUGGCGCCUCAUCUUGUGCUUGCAGUUUGUGUCGCUGGUGGGUUAGCUUUGGUGUACAAAGCGCUGUGCGGGUAG